AUGGCAUCAGCAUCAGGAGAAGAUCUAGUAGCAGCACUAGAGCAAGCAACCUUAAUGGCGAAACAACUUUCGACCACCACAAACCCUCAUCAAAUCCUCCAAAUAUACACCACUCUCCACUCUACCCACCGCCACCUCUCACUUUUCCUCUCCGGCCACCACCCCUAUCCACCAGCCUUACAACCGCCACCGGAAAACUCAGUACCCUCCGCCCUGGGUGGUGGCCGUGAUGACAACGGUGAUACUGGUGGUGACCCCAUGCAAAUGGGCGAUGAAGAUGCUGAACAGGAUUCAAAGGCUACCACCAGUGCUGCUGCUAUUGAUAAGGUUGAAGAGAAAAUGAGGGAGUGUUUUAUUCAGAACAAGAGGACCAAGAGGCAACUUUCGCCUUCAGCAGAGCAGCGCCAGAGCAAGGACAAUGGGGAUGUGAUGGGUGGCGCUGUGGCUGCGAAUCUUGAUCCUCAUGGGACCAAGUUGAGAUCUCUUGAUCUUCUUUAUCAGUUUCAUGGCUAA